AUGAUUUUGUAUCUCACGUCAGUGGCUAAACAAAAUGUUGUGGACUGGCAGCAUACACAGCUCCUUCAUGUAUUCCAACAACAGCUUGUGUCUGGAGGGUCCUCCCAUAAUGGAAUCAGUAGCAAGGAGGCCAUAGUAGAUCUACGCAAUGUGGCAUCUUUCCAGGAGGACUUCUACCUGCUUGUUCUGGAGAAAGCGGGAGAUGGAGGCUCAUUGGUGCAUAUGUGGAGAAUCAUUAUUGCAUCUGAUAACAUUGCAGAUGGUGCCCAAGAUACUCCCAAAGUUCAGGUCGAAGGGGAAAAACAGUAUGACAGCUUUGAGGCUCAUCAGACAUCAUCUUCACUCAAUAUCAAAACAACAAAGGUGUGUACUCAGAUGCUAGACUUACCAGGUUCAGUUGAAGUCAUCAACGCAACAGUCGCAGCUGGCCACCUAAGUUCUUCCUCCAUUUACCCAGCAUGCUUUGCACCUUAUCUUAUAUCGACAGCAUGCAGUGAUUCGAAAGUUCGUUUCUGGCGCUGCAAGGCUAGUAAGGGCCAAGUGGUAGAUGAAGAGGUGUAUAAUUGGGUUGAGUGGCACAUGGUGAAAGACUCACCUGAAUCUAGUUCAAUACCCGUCAGAGGGAAGCCCAUAGCAGUGUGUUGUGCAUAUAGUGGGCGGGUGGCAGUAGCCUAUAGACUUGGCAGUAUAAAAACAGAAGUCGAGCACCCUGAAACCAAGUUUGUCAAUCUGUCAGUUGCGAUAUAUGAAUGUGAAUCAACAGGUGGCUCAGAAUGGACCCUUGAAGACACCAUAGACUUGAAGCAUACCCUUAUUCCCGACCCUCAUGAGGAAAUCUCCAUGCCGGGUCUUGCCCCUGGGCUCCAUUCAGAGGGAGCCACCAUCCCUAAAUCCAUGUCCAUUCCCAGUCUUAGCUCUGCCCAGAGUGUGAGGAGGUCAAUCAUAGAAAAGGGGAACAUCUAUGGACUUUUGAAGCAGAAACAUUUGGUUCAAUUGGAUUGGGUGUCAACGGAGGAUGGAUCACAUAUAUUAACAAUAGGACUGGGAUUCAAGGUGCUCCUAUAUGCCCCUGUCUCUGGAGAAUUAGCCAACUCUGUUAGCCAGCGAGAACCUGAGAAAAAAGAGCACAAACCAAGAGGACGUGGGAUGCUACAGAAAUCAAAGUCUGUCAUGGUGCUGGAUUACGUUGAAGAAAUUCGCUGGAUGAAACUUCGUAGUAUUGAAUUCGCCACUGCUGAUGCCCUCCCUCCCCUCCCUAUGCACAUCUCGUGGGUGCGUGAUGGCAUCUUAGUGGUGGGGAUGGAUAACGAGAUGCAUGUUUACUCCCAGUGGAGAGCACCUGAAGGGACAUUAGAGACCAGCAGCUAUGAAGAUGAGACAGAUGGAACUGACGACUCAAGGACCCUAAAGGAGGAAAACCUGGUCUCAGUCUCAUCAAGUGCUAAUUUAUUAAUGGUAACAAGGAUGCCUGGGAGCCCUUUUAAGGGUUCCUCCAGUAUGACCAGUAUGAAGGUGAACCUCUCUACCUCUUCAAGCUAUGCCACUGAGAGGAGAUCAGAACUGAGUCAAGGAAAGCUGUCGAAGAGUGAGAGCAGCACAAGUUUGAAUCUAAUCCAGGAAUGUGGUUUAUUUGAAGCAGCUAGAUUAGCAAAUCCUGUCCUUCCUCAGUACCAUCCUAAGCAACUACUAGAGCUGUUAAAUUUUGGGAAAAUACGUCGAGUUAAGGCCAUACUUGCCCAUUUGGUACGAUGCAUCGCUGGACAUGCUGGUUUGAAAUCCCUCGUUGAUGUCUCUGAUCCUCAAUCAAAAGGUUUUGGUCGCCAGAGGGCUCUUUCGGUUGCAGCUGGUUCCAGCCCAGGGGAGGCACUUUCCCCAGCAGCGAUAACUGGGGAGGUACAGCUUGAUUAUGUAGAGAUCAACUCCAUUCCUCCUUUACCUCUUUAUGCCCUCCUGGCAUCUGACAAUGACACCCAACAAGCGUACAACGACACAACAGAUAAUAACAAAAAUGAACAAUAUGAUGACCUGUUUGAUAGUGUCGACAAAGAUGAUGACGACUUAGAUGAUACAUUUACCGAUGAGGUGACAUUUGGUGACCUCCCUGUGAGAAGAGAGCGUGCACAAUCAGCCAAUAAAAUCUCACAAAAUCCCAACUACUUUGGCACAUCCCAGGCUGGUCUGUUAACAAAUUACCUGACCCAUACACACCUGCCUGGCUUGACCAACUUAGACCAGAUGUACUUGCUGGCUCUGGCAGAUACGGUGGCUAACUGUAAAACUGACUUUGGUGAUGAUUCUUCAUCAGCUACAGGAGAAGGAACAAAAAAUGAAUCUGUUGAUGAAUGUGGGCUGAGGUUCCUUCUCUCUAUGAAACUUCAUAUCUAUCUAUUGAGGUCUCUUCCUCUUGCACAGAGGGCCAAUCUACAAAAAGAGGGACUCGGCUCUGCUACAAUUGUCUGGGCUUUCCACUCUGAGGCAGAAGAGGAGUUGCUAGGAAUGAUCCCUAGUGUUGCUAAGGGAGAACCAACAUGGAAAGAACUGAGUCAGUUCGGAGUAGGUUGGUGGGUGAGAAAUGAUAAUACUCUCCGCAGACUCUUUGAAAAGGUUGCCAAGGCAGCUUUCACAGUCAACAAAGACCCCUUAGAUGCUGCCAUAUUCUACUUAGCAAUGAAGAAAAAGAUGCUGUUAUGGGGCCUCUUUAGGUCAGUCCAAGACACAAAAAUGUCAAUGUUCUUCAAAAAUAAUUUCUCUGAAGAUAGAUGGCGACGAGCUGCAUUGAAGAAUGCGUUUGCUCUGCUUGGGCGUCAACGUUUCCAACAUGCCGCAGCUUUCUUCCUGUUGGCUGGCGCCCUGCGAGAUGCUAUUGAGGUUUGCUUAAACAAGAUGGAGGACAUUCAGCUCGCCAUGGUGAUAGCGCGUCUCUAUGAAAGUGAACUAGAUGAUGUCAUGCCAGCCAACUUAAAGCGACUCUUUAAGGAAGAAAUCUUAGGUUAUGAUGCAAAUGGAGAAAACUACAGAUCAGCUCGUGCACAUCCAGAUCCCUUCCUACGCAGCAUGGCUAACUGGAACCUAAAGGAGUAUAACGCAUCUUUGGAGACACUCAUGGACACUGGAAUAGGACACUCACAUCCUGUUAGAAAAAAACCUGGCUAUGACUCUGGUGACACUAAACCACAAGUGUUCAAUUUUUAUAACUAUCUCCGCACUCACCCAUUACUGAUUCGCCAGCAGUUAGCCUCCACAGCUGCCGACAAGGGGCAAAGUGUGCUUCUCUCUGGCUUUUCACAUGGUGCUCAGCUGUCAGCUGGCUCCCAAAAUGUGACUUAUACAGACAAAAUCACUCCAGUUGAACGUCGAUUGUUCUUCAGUACAGCAUACAAGCACUUUAGAGCAGGGUGCCCAGCACUUGCCCUAGAGGUGCUAACCAAGUUGCCCCUAAUCAUGGAUGUCAGCACUGACUCAGACAUCCACAAAGCUCCAUCUAUAUCUGUCACCGACACUGCCUUGGAUACAGGUACACUAGGUGACUUCACGACCCAGAAACCAUUGGAAAGUGCCAAUGACUUCGAUUGGUCAACACCAGCUACACAAACAAAAGCAGAGGAAUUUGACUGGGGUGCUCCAAGUUUUAAGAUUGAAGAUGAUGAGCCUGAUUUCGGUAUUCCUGAGAGUGAUGAUGAUUCUGAUGAUAAUGAUAAAGUUGAGGAUGAUAAACCUAUUGAGGAGAACGACAAACCUGAGACUGAAGACUCACAGAAAAAGGGUGUCCAGAAAGGUGAGAUGGACUUGAUGGGACAACAGCUGAAAUAUAUUGCAUGUUUAAAGAUUAUGAUGGAAGAAUUAAGCACCCUCGCCACAGGGUUUGAAGUUGAUGGUGGACAGCUGAGGUUCCAGCUUUACAUGUGGCUUGAGAGAGAAGUUGAAAUGUUGAAGCAACUUUGUCACUAUGGAGGAACACUAACAGAAGAAGAUGCGAGUCAGCCAGCUAAAGGAACAUCCUCGGAGCAUGAUGAUAAACGUAACUCAAGACCAAGUCUUCAUGAAAUCAUCCUGGCCGACCAGAGUGACUUUGAGGCUAAAUUAGAGCGCAUGGCACGACGCAAACAAUGGCUACAUGAUAACCAGCAGUUGCUGCGUAACUGCCUUAGUUAUUGUAGCCUGCAGGGUGCAUGCGGAGGAGGACUUGCUUCAGUCAGAAUGGAGCUAAUCUUGCUCCUACAGGAGUUACAGCAGGAGAAGACUCAACAGCAACUCUUGUCUCCUUUACCUUUUCCCACCACCCUCCCCUUGCUUUCCGCAUGUGUGGCUAGUGCUAAAACAGUGAUUGCUGACCCUAUACGACAUAUAGACAGUCUCACAAAAGACCUGCUGCAUUCCGUGGUGGAGUUUACUUCACCUCCUGAUAUAGAUUCAACAAAGAAUAAGGUGUUUGUACUCCGCAACCUGAGUGCAGCCUUAUCUGCCUGUAUCUACCAGUGUCUUUGCGACAGUGACAGUUUCACAGUAGCAAUGUCUGAUAGCACGGAAAUUGGAAUGGAGGCCUUCUCAAGUGUUGAUGUUGUGAAGGAUAACUACCUUGUAUCAGGUGCAGUUAGGAGACGGAGACAGUCAAGCAACAGUGAGGACACCCCUAACUCUCAACCUUCAAAGUGGCCAGGUGUUGCUAGUCUCCGCAGUUUGUUAGCAAGAGAGAAGGAUGACGAUGCUCCUAAAAUGAACAUUCUGUUAUGUGAGGCAUUGAUUGGCGUCUACAUGUCCCUACUGAUCCAUGCGUUGUCCACCUAUGAUGCAAAUACUCUAUACAGGCUGGUGUCUCAUGUAUUCUCUGAGAAAAUGUGGAAUGUAUUAUUUGGUGGUGGACUCAAGAAACUUGUCAAGUCUACAGAAUCAGCUCAGACAGUCAAAGGGCAAGAUGAUCUGUCUAAACAGCGUAUCAAGUUCCACCUUAAGGUUCUGGGUCAACAAGGCAGCAGUCAGACUAGCAGUGAAGGGAAACAACAAUACAAAGACAAGUUUGUGCCCCCAAAGCAAAACAUGGUCACAUACUUCAUGACCAAGCCAUACGUUCCCCCAGAUGCCCAGGGUAUUGACUGUAUAGACUAUGACUCUGAUGUGUCCUUGGACAGUGAAGAUGACUACAAUGAUGAAAACAGCCUGAACCUGCAUGAUGAAGGAAUGCAACAACAUUCUGACCCUACAUCCUACAGCUGGUGCCUGUUGAGGUACGCAAUCAUGAAGUAUGUCCUGAACAACAUGAAGACGUUCUUGCCACAAGUUGGACUUGAAAUCCCAGAGCUCCCAGUGUCAUCCCCAUUACUCCAAGCAGUGGUGAGCUCCCUUGGGCAUUGGGAGAUGAACUGUUUAGAAGAACUAGAACAGUUCCCUGGCCCUCCUGAUGACUACAUCCCUGGUUGCUAUACUGACUCAACCAACACAGGGCCUGCCAUACUGAAAUACAAGGCCAUGUUAGAGCCUAUAAAUACUCCAUUCCUGUGUGAUAAUCAUUCCUCACUGCCAUGUAAAAGACUCUGGCACUAUCUAGUCAAGAAAGAAAUAUUACAAGAUGUCUUCAUUAGGUUCAUUUUUAAGAAAAGAAAAGUUGCUGAACCAUUGGGUGACACAGGAGGUGAUGUUGUUGACACAGGAGUCCAGCGUAUCCCAAGUCCAGUGAAGAUCAUACACAAAGACCAAGACAUUAUCACUGCAUUUGCUAUAAAUCAGGCCAACUUGAACUGUGUUGCGCUAGCAGUACCCAAAGAAGUAAUUGAAAUGGAAGUUUCUGGAAUCUUAAAUCCACCAUCUUGGCUAGAAGACGACACUGAAUAUGACAUAGAGACAAUCAAGAACAAUGCCCCAAGCUCCCAACACCCUGAUGACUUCUUGGUAAUCCAGACUCCAAGCGAACAGCAGGAGACCAGCAGUGGUUCAUCUGUACAUACCCCCACAGCCCCAGGGGUAGUCCCUGCCCCCACGUACAACUCCAGUGGUAUGACCGGUAGAGGAGGAAGUGUGAUGUCCAAGAGGAACCUGCCCAACAUCCGCAGAAUGGGAUCCCAUCCACACCUGCCAUAUUACUUGACAGGAGGCACAGAUGGCAGUGUGAAGCUGUAUGAAUGGGGACAUGACCAGUGCAUAUCAACAGCCAGGGAGCCAGGCACACAGGCCAAGGUCACCAAGAUACUGUUCAAUGCACAGGGAAAUAAGUUUGGAGUUGCUGAAGGUGAAGGCUCCUUGUGCCUGUGGCAAGUAGGACUAGGUGUUAACAUGAGCAAACCUUUCAUGAAACUAAAGUGUCACACAAAGACAACUUAUGAUUUCACUUUUGUGGGGUCUUCGAGUUUGUUAGCCACUGCAGGGGCCUCUACAGAUAAUAAGAAUGUCUGUCUAUGGGAUACCCUGAUGUCACCAAAAAAUUCCCUUGUUCAUAGCUUUGCUUGUCACGAUAGUGGCGCCCCCUCUUUACUCUAUGCAGCCCAGAACCAGUGUAUAAUAUCUGGAGGUAAGCGGGGAGAAAUCUGUAUCUUUGACAUUCGUCAGCGCCAGAUUCGCCACACAUUCCAAGCCCACGAGUCCUCUGUUCGUUGUCUCGCCAUGGAUCCCAGUGAAGAGUUCUUUAUAACAGGAUCUUCUGAUGGAGAUAUUAAGAUAUGGGGCCUAACAGUGCAUCAGUUGAUGGCCUCUCUUCCUGGUGAACAUGCCAAAUCUUCAAUAUUCCGCAACAUGCAUGGUGCCCAUACAGGCUGUAUACAACUUAUGAUUGGUCCCAGGGGCCACCUAUACUCUUGUGGGGCAGAUGGCUCACUUAAAGUUCGUCAGUUGCCCGAUAGAGACAUUGUGGUGCAAUCUGUACUGUAAACAUGUGGUGCAAUCGGUACUGUAAACAUGUGGUGCAAUCUGUACUGUAAACAUGUGGUGUAGUCUGUGCUGUAAACAUGUGUUG